AUGUCUGCUGGGUACCCGCAUAUCAGUAUCACAAAAGAUCGAAGGAAUCUUGCAUAUGAAUGCUGUCUAACAUAUGAAGUGUUAACGAAACGAUUGGCAUCAUUAGAUGACAUACGGAAAGGCUUAUCAACUGUUUGUGUGGCUGGGCAAACGUUACUGGAUCUAUUGGAAAAAUGGCCUGGAUUGAAACAGAGGGUGUUUCCAGCGCCAGAGCUCGAUGUUAUUGAUGCAGCAACUCUGCGCUCGUGUUUAUUUUACAAAAGAGAUGAUUCGGCAAAUGAAGAGAGUCGAGAUUUUUUUGAGAAAUAUAUUGAUGAAUUAAGUGCGAGACAAG